AGUCGAAGUCGAGGUCGAAGUCCAAGUAGAAAUAGAAGUGGAAGUGGAAGUCGAAGUCAAAGUAGUUGUCAAAGUCGACGUCGAGCUCGAGUCCGACCCCGGAAUCGCCGUCGCCACGGGCUCCGUGCCAUCAGGGCAGGUGUCCGGCGGCAUCGCGUAGUGGAUUCCAUCCGAGCAGCAGAUGCCGCCGGGCGGGAUGCAUGGGAUGCCGACUGUACGAGAUGUCAGAAGGUCUCUCGAAUGUAUACAUGUAUAUGUGUGUACAUACCAGGACAAGCAGGAAUCCAACCUGGGUUCCUGCAGAUGAUGGACCGAUCCUCGAGAAGAGGCGAUCUCUUCCCCAGGUUGGCGUUGACGUUGAUACGAUCCGAGGUAGCAGCAGCAGCGGCGGAGAGAGCAAAGGCGAGGAAGAUCUUCUUAACAGGUGCCAUUUUUUAUUUGUUUUGUUGA